UAAGAUAAACUUUAUGAGAUAGUUGUGGCUGUGGUUUUUCAUCAGCUGACUAGAAGGUUAUCUCAAGUUCUGGAUUUUGUUUCUACCUAUGAUGAGUGGUUCCAGGCUUUUCAGCAGUGCCAAUGCACUGAUUAAGAAAUCUUCUCAAAGAAAUUUUGGCAUUCUUUAUCCAGCUUUACAAAAAGCAACUGAUCCUAUUCAACAGUUAUUUCUUGAAAAACUUAGAGAAUAUAAGAAAAAGAGCAGUGGAGGCCAGCUGGUUGAUCCUUCCCCAGAAAUUCAGCGAGAAUUGAAACAAGAACAUACAAAACUUCUUAAAAUGUAUGGUGGUAGCGAGGGAGUCGAUAUGACAAAAUUCCCUGAUAUUAAAUUCACUGAUGUCAAACUGGACCCGAUUAACAUGGAUGCAGCUUAAGUGCAUGCGAAACAGUGCAUAUUCCAAUCUAUAAAUGAAGAAUAGAUAAACAAGAAAUUGUAGUUGAAAACAAGUAUUUAUUAAAACAGAAAUUUGGUCUUUUGUAUGAAUCUGCAUUCAACUUUGUUAUUAAAUGUAAAUACAAAUAAUGUUUUAUGUUUUUAUUUUAUCCUAACAAUAUUUUCCUCAGUUUCUGUUUAUUUCUCAAAUAUUAUUGAACAGAAAUGAAAAUUAAAAAAAAUAAAUAAAUAAUUUUAAAAAUCUUUUCUCCCAAAGAACACAAUGUACUACUACUAAAACAUAUUGGCAAAUUGUUUGUGAUGAUUAUUAAUAAUGAAACUUGGUGUAUUAGUUUUGUUCCCUUUCACUUCAGGUUACGAUUCCCUACAAAUGUUUGGUCAUAAAAUCUUUACAUGCCUGUAAAAAGGAAAAUUAAAAUCAUUCAAUGUAAUAAUUAGUCAGUAUUUGAACUUAAAUUGUUCUUUGUUUAUGUUAUUUCACUGAAUAGUUAAAGUGUCAAAUUUAAAAAUCAGUCGAGAAAAUCACAGUCAUGAACGAACAGUCUGACUAAACACAUUAUCCUGCUUUUGGUAAUAAGCAAUUGAAUUAUUAACAAGAAACAUUUUCAAUUUUUUAUUAAUUUAAAUUUAAUUACUUUAUUAUAAUUAUUUGCCUUAUAUGUUGUUACUAGAAAUUCAGUGUGCUUUCCUCUUGCUUAUUAUUUAAUUUUACAAUAACAAAUUUAUUUUUACAUUUUUUUUCUUUUACCAUGUGCCAGGAACUAGCCAUUCUUAAGAUUACAUACAUUUAUGAUAUUUCACAUCCUCAACGAUGUCAAAUGAUGAUUUUACUUGGACGAAUUCUAAAGUUUAAAAGUAAAAUAAGUUCACAUACAAAAUAUUCAUGAUUUCUACCACUAAUGAAAUUCAUUUUACAAAAUCUAAUGAUAAUAGUACAUGAAGGAAUGGAGGUUUAUACUAUUACCACUACAACCCAUUAAGGUCUUUUCUUAUAGUGAAUUAUUUAAUGUAAAAUGUAUAGGUGGCAUUAUAUCUAUAUUAAAUAGGUGUUAUGUAUGUUUUAACAUGUAUAUAUGUAACGAGCGGUGUGAUAAAGUAUUUUCAAGUUACUCAAUUUGUUGUUUUUUAAUCAAUUCAAGAACUCGGCUACAACAGGUCUUGAAUUAAGUUCUUAGUAAGGAAAUACUGUUUUAAGGCCAACAGUUGUGCAGGGAAGUGUUUGAACUAAAUAAUUUAUAUAAUUUGAUACCAAAAAUAUAGAAAUUUUCAUUUUCGAUAUGAUAACAAAAGUGUACGAUUGCUGUCCGUUGGACACCAUAACAAUUGGUGUAAAGUUAAUUAGAUGUAUGUUAUAUGGCUUGAGCACAGAAAUAAUGUAUAGAAAUGACGAGUUCCUUUACUUCAAGUUCAGAUACUCCCUGUUGGAGUCAGUCCAAAAC